AUGACUUACCCUCAAGCAACCUUAUUUGUCCGAAAACAAAGUUGCAAAGGAUUCAUUACGAGGACGUGCACAAGCUCUAGAAUAAGUCAACAAGACUUAUUGCCAAGUAACAUUAUAAAAGGGAUUGAUGAACUUGAGGAGUAUAAAACAAAACUAACAAGUUACCGUUAUGCUGCUGUUGUUCAAAACAUACUUGAUGAUGACGAAGUUUCUGUGAUGUUUUUGAAAGUGUGCAAGUUCCAGAAUAUGCAAGCAUUCAGGGCUAACGAUAAUGACAAGUCUUUUGUGGGUUAUAAUCAGAUACUUGCAAUUCUACCACCACCGUAUAUUUUCGUCAAAGGAAUUAAAACAUAUUAUAAAUUCCAUGAUGAUGUGGACGUUUUCGAAAAAGUUUAA